UGAUUGAAGAGUGAAUGAAAUGAAUGUUUCAAUGCUUUGAGUGUUUGCUAUAAUAAGCCAUUCAUUGGUCACCAAAAACAACACUUGACUCGAGACUAGACCUCACAUGAGAUCGCAUCGGAUCCGCUCUCUUCAGCAAUAGGUGGUGUCGACAAUGCAUACGAUGGACAACAGCUGUGGUAAUACAGUUCCAGCCUUUAUCACCAAAUUGUGGCGAUUAGUGGAGGACAACCAUUACGACCAUCUGAUCCAAUGGAAUCAGAAUGGCCGCAGUUUUAUAAUUCACGAUCAGUCGAAGUUUGCCAAAGAACUCCUUCCUCUUUACUUCAAACAUUCAAAUAUGGCUUCAUUUAUAAGACAACUAAAUAUGUAUGGAUUUCGCAAAAUAUCAAACAUUGAAAACAGCGGUCUUCGGGCAGAACGCGAUGACAUCGAGUUCUCUCACAUCCACUUCUCGAAGGGAAACGAAUCCCAAUUGGAAUUUAUUAAGAGAAAGUUACCUAUUGGAAAGACUGGAUCAGCUGUGGGACUGAAACAGGAAGACGUGUCGGGAAUGUUAGAAGACGUGGAGAAUAUCAAAGGAAAACAGGGAUCAAUGGACGGACUUUUAUCAACGAUGCAGAGGGAGAAUGAGGCCCUUUGGAGAGAGAUUGCGAUUCUGAGACAAAAGCAUCACAAACAGGAACAAGUGGUCGCAAAAUUGAUACAGUUUUUCGUGUCUUUAGUACAAAAUCGCGGAAAUUUAGGAAUUAAACGGAAGGCUCAGCUCAUGAUUGACGACAUGGAAGACCGACAGCUCAUGAAUAAAAUGAUUAAACGUAACGAAUUUGAAGAGAAUCCGCGAUCCAACGGACCUCUCAUUCGUGACGUGACAGAUGUAGACGAGUGUUUGCUGAACGCAAAAUCACCUCAAUCUACAACCUCUGCCUCUUUGAGCGAAUUCUGCGAACCGACGGAACACAUAUUGAUCCCUGAAGUGAACGUUUUGAACACAGACUCGUCCAAUGAAGAGCUAAUGGCCCACUCAUCCAAAUCUAUACCAACUCUUCAUAUCUUAGACCCUCUACAAGAAAGUAUUAAAGAACUCGGUUUAGCUGUCGAUUCAUCUGAACAACCGAUCAUUGAUGAGACCUCACAAGUGGACAACCUUUUGAACAGUUCUCUGACAACACCACUGAUUAAUCCCUCCGCUCUUCAGAAUCCGUUUGAGAGUCAAAUGAAGAAAACCGAUAUAAAACCCAAUGAAAUCAAAGAUCUUGUGGUUUCGACGGCUAACGACCAAAUGAUUACACCUAUAAAUGCAAACGCUUUCAAUGAACACAUUGAGGGAAUCGAUGCGGAGUUGGAUUGGCUUCAGGAUCAGCUGAGCUCUGGUAUUAAUAUCGACACAUCAACUCUGUUGGGGGUAAGGACUGACUUAGGCUUCGGCCUCAGUGACAAUAUAUGGCUCAAACAGCUAUUUUCGCUGGAAGACGACAACAGUGCCAACGCUUACAUGUCUGCUAAUAACUUUCCAAACAACCAAAUAGUUGGCAACGAAGUCAUUCAAUUCAAUCCAAACCCACUCUUCGAUGACAUAGAUUUGGACGCAUAUACGGCUAAUGAUGACUCUCGAGAUCCUUUACUAGAAGAGCCACUACUGCCUGACCUAUCGUUGGAAAGCGAGGGCACAGUCAGCUUUCCCAUCGAAACCAAGACUCCGCUUAACAAUCAUAAGAUCGUGCCAUAAGAGGUGCCAUAAGAGGUCUUUCAUUUCAAGAGAAGCCGUCUUUUAAUUCUAAUGUGAAACUCAUUUGAAUUAAUGUUAUAAAUAACAAAUAGUUUUGAUCUAAAAGUCCUUUUUUCGGUCAACUUAUAUAACAUAUAUUUUAAGGCAAAAUAUAUACAUUAAUUUUAAUACAUGUGUUGAAGGCAUUGCUGCUUAACAUUGACAUUGAAAUUAAUUGAAUGCCUGACAACUAAAUGUUUAUUAAUUAAAUAUAUUAAAAUAAUCCCAUUUUUGUUAAUUUAGUAUCAAAUAUGAUAAACACAGUGAACACAGCAAAGAGAGCACUGGAAUAGUAGUCUCACGAAAUAUAUUUACUUAUAUUUGACUAAAGAUUUAUAAAUAAAUUAAAAAAGUAUUUAACAUCAA